AAUACAUUUACCAGAUUAGCCUUCUGGAAUUUAUUUUCUUCCCACAAAGCCGGUACGAAACGGCAGCGUAACGUCGGGAAUCGUCUACCCUUGUUCUUCAUGCGCCUCGAGCUUCUGCUGAUUCUUCUUCUUAGGAACGAAGAAAUAAACCAUGGCGACGCAGGGGAACGAACUCAUUUGGAUGUAUAGAGAAGCUGCCGUAGUUGGCAAGUCGCAAGUAUUCACGGAGGAGGAGGUUUGCUUGGUCGCGAAGUUAAUCUGGUCGUAGGUAAGAAGUUGAUGCAUACGCAGGCGAAGAAACUUGAGAUGCAGCACUGUUGAAUCUCGUCUGCGGCGGAAUCAGACCUUUUUUUUUUCUAUCUAGGGAUCGGAUCAUUUUCCCCCUUUUUUCACAAUGGCGGAGUUGGUCCCAAUCUACUACAGCAUUAUCGCCUUCGUUUGCACUCUUGGUGCAAUCGCUUUGGCUGUUGCUCACAUAUACAGGCACUUGCGGAAUUACACUGAGCCCACUUACCAGAGAUUUAUAGUUCGUAUGGUCUUUAUGGUCCCGGUUUAUGCAUUGAUGUCUUUCUUGUCUCUCAUCCUGCCACAGAGUUCUAUAUAUUUUAAUUCCAUAAGAGAAGUGUAUGAAGCAUGGGUGAUUUACAACUUUUUAUCACUGUGCCUCGCUUGGGUUGGUGGCCCUGGUUCCGUAGUUAUAAGCUUAACUGGCCGAGUAAUGAAGCCAUCAUGGUGCUUGAUGACAUGUUGCUUCCCUCCCAUACCGCUGGAUGGGCGGUUUAUUCGAAGGUGCAAGCAGGGUUGUUUGCAGUUUGUGAUUCUGAAGCCUAUCUUAGUCACCGUUACUUUGAUACUGUAUGCAAAAGGGAAAUACAAAGAUGGAAACUUCAGUCCCGAUCAAGCAUACCUGUAUCUCACGAUAAUAUAUACGAUUUCAUACACGAUGGCUCUUUAUGCCUUGGCAUUAUUUUAUGUCGCAUGCCGGCAUCUGCUUCAGCCCUUUAAUCCGGUUCCAAAGUUUGUUAUGAUCAAGUCGGUUGUUUUCUUGACUUACUGGCAGGGUGUUCUGGUUUUUCUCGCUGCAAAGUCUGGAUUUAUUAAGAAUAGGGAGGAAGCUGCUCAGUUUCAGGAUUUUAUCAUAUGCGUUGAAAUGCUUAUAGCUGCCGUGGGUCAUUUUUAUGCAUUUCCUUACAAAGAAUAUGCUGGUGCGAAUAUUGGUGGAUCGUGUGGUUUAACUGGAAGUCUUGCUCAUGCCGUGAAGUUGAAUGAUUUCUACCAUGACACUGUUCAUCAGUUUGCACCAACUUAUCAUGACUACGUGCUUUACAAUCAUAAUCACGAAGGUGAGGAGGGGUCAGUAAAGUAUCGAGCUCGUACCUUCGUGCCUACUGGUCAAGAAAUGGAUGCUGCGAGAAGAAACAAACACUUGCCAGGAAGCAAGUUGGACGAGAUCCAGCUCAGCAGUCAGUCAUCAUCCGGGGGAAGCACCCCCAAGAACACAUCUACUUCAGUAGCUGCUGAUUCUGAUGCCACGAAAUCUUCUCUACUCGUUGAUACUUCAGAUUCUUUGUCCGUCCCAUAUGACAUGUCACUCAUUGACAUGGAUUUGUCCAGUUACCCUGUAAAGGUACCUGCUGCAACCGAUACAACGGGGACGAGGUGACACAGACCAUGGAAGCGCUGAGCGCGAACAGGUUGAGGACUGUCUGCACUCCCACCAGAGAAUCGAGGAACAUGAAGUGUGCUUGAGCAAAACUUGAUGUAUUGUUUUAUGCCAAUAGUUUAUUCAUUGCUAAUCUGGAUGAAUGCUUGUCAUUGGUUUCAUGUUCCCCAACAUUGCAUCAGUCAGUCGUGCUGAUAGUGCGUUGAUCAUCUUGUAGAUAUACGAAUACGUUCGAUGCCAUAAACAAUGUAGAGUGUUACAGUAGUACAGCUUUCAGGUUUUGAGGUUCAUCUUAAUUAGCUGUGCUGUGUGAUAAAGUUAUGGACUUAUGGUUAUCUUUAGACCGAUUUUAGGUGGUUUUACGCAGAAUUUCUAUGGGUCGAUCAGUG